UCCGUUAACAGCAAAUAAAUUAAAGGUGGCAUAGCUAGCUGAGCUUUACAGAGCAAGUACAUUGUUAGCAAUGUCGUCGAUGCAUUACUUUGCUGCUCUGUCGGUGACUCUGCUGGGAGCUAUCUUGCUUCUGAUCCAUUUAGCCUUCAAAUGGACGAACGGCGGCCGGACGGGUAAAGAAGGGAUGCUGCCGCCGGGGUCGAGGGGCCUGCCGCUCCUCGGCGAGACGCUUGAGUUCUUCGCGGCGUCCCCGACCCUUGAGCUAGUGCCCUUCUUUAAGCGACGGUUGGAGAGGUUCGGGCCCAUCUUUCGGACGAACAUUAUUGGCGAGGACCUCAUCGUUUCGCUGGACCCGGAGCUGAACGCGCUGGUGCUGCAACAGGAGGAGCGCGGCUUCCAGAUCUGGUACCCCUCCUCUUUCAUGCGCGUCUUGGGCGCUAGCAACAUCGUCUCCGCGCUCGGUCCGCUCCACCGGCACAUCAGGAACCUCGUGCUCCGCCUCUUUGGGCCCGAGGCCCUCCGCCUGGUGCUGCUCCACGAUGUGCAGCGGAGCGCGCGCGACGAGCUGCGGUCAUGGCUCGACCGCCCGGACGUCGAGGUCAAGACGGCCACCUCCAGGAUGAUAUUUGGCAUCACGGCGAGGAAGCUGAUCAGCCACGACGACGCGGCAUCGGGAGGAAGCCUGUGUAAAUGCUUCGACGCAUGGACCAAGGGGCUGCUGUCGUUCCCCCUCUGCGUUCCCGGAACAGCCUUCUAUAAAAGCAUGCGGGGACGCCAGAAUGUUAUGAAGAUACUGAAGCGGCAACUCGAUGAGCGCAGGAGUGCAGCCAAGCGCAAGACCGUGGAUUUCUUCGAUCUUGUGAUAGAUGAGCUCAACAAGCCAAACCCUAUAAUGAACGAGAACGUCGCGUUGGACUUGUUGCUCUUGCUCCUCUUUGCAAGCCACGAGACGACGUCGAUUGGACUGACCGCGAUAAUCAAGUUUCUUACGGACAAUCCAAAAGCCUUGCAAGAACUGACUGACGAGCAUGAAAAAAUUGUGGAAAGAAGGGUGGAUCCAGACUCUGAUAUCACCUGGGAGGAGUACAAAUCUAUGAAAUUCACAUCUCAUGUUAUACAUGAAUCCCUUAGGAUGGCAAACAUCGCUCCGGUGGUGUUCAGACAAGCAAACCAUGAUGUACACAUAAAGGGAUACACUAUCCCAGAAGGGUCAAAGAUCAUGAUCUGUCCAUCGGCAGCUCACCUGAAUUCAGACGUUUACGAGGACCCCUUGGCGUUCAAUCCAUGGAGAUGGAAGGAUACUCCUGAGCCCGUUGGUGGCUCUAAGGAUUUUAUGGCCUUUGGGAUUGGUUUGCGGUUAUGUGUUGGUGCUGACUUUGCCAAACUGCAAAUGGCUAUGUUCCUCCACUGCUUGGUCACCAAUUAUAGAUGGAAAGCCAUCAGCAAAGGAAAGAUGAUGUUUUAUCCCGGGCUGCGAUUUCCGGACGGCUUUCGCAUCCAGCUUUUAACAAAAGCAUGAAAUGUUGCUGCAAAAGACUAGCUAGUACAUGGUAUUAAAAGUAUGCUCAUUUAUAAUAGCUGUGAUCAAAUGAUUAAAGACAAUUGGAUACAAGUAAAUUUUGGUCAGUAUAUAAGAUAUAUAAAUAAACGAAUGUACAAAUAAACCUAAGAAAAAGAGAACUAGAGGAAGACUUCAAGAUCAUCAACCUAAGCUGCUCAAAGCAUGAUCUGUAAGUUACAAUGUUGAAGCAUUAGUGCCAAAUCUGAAGGGAGGAAGUAGGAAUAAAAGCCUAAAAAUUAGAAAAUGGUGUAGUAUGAUUCCUCAUUUUCCAAGAUGUAUACCUUUAAACUGGAUGUUGUAAUGCAAUGCGUGUAAUUGUUUCCGUUUAUACUAUAUAAUAAGUAAAAGUUCAGCUAUAUGACAA